AUGGCGACACCGCCCGCCUUCUUCCACGCACUGCUGCGGCCCGCGAUCCUGCAGGUCCUGCGCGCCACCGGCUACCACGCGACGCGGCCCGCCGUUCUCGACGCCCUGACCGACCUGGCCGCGCGCUACAUGCUGCUGCUGUGCCAGCACACCGCAGCGCACGCGGCCAGCAACCAUCGCGAAGCUGCUGCUGCUGCGGCGGCGGCAGGCGUGUCCGCGCAGCCGGACGACUUCACGCUGACGGACGUGCGGCUCGCGCUGCAGGAAAUGGGUGCGCUGGGCGCGGAGCGCACGCCUACCGCGGAGCUGUGGCUCGAAGACGAGGACACGCGUGGCGUGGACGAGUUCGUGGCGUGGUUCGCGGGGCAGCGCAUGAAGGAGCUGAUGGAGUUUGGCAACGCGGACGGCGACUCGGACGCGACCGACUACCUGUCAGCACUCAAAAAGAAGCACAAUCAGGCGGCCGGAGACGCCAAGUUCCAGGACACCAUCCUCGGGCGGCCGGGCGAGGGCUCGCAGGUGCUCGUGGAGGGCGGGCCGGUCACGACCAUCGACGAGUGGAUCGCGCUGCGCAGCCCGGACCUGAUGCGCUGCCGCGCCGAGCACGACUACGGCAACGGCGUCAAUGGCGGGGGGCAGCGGCCCGGGUCGUCUGGGGGGAGCAGCAGCUCCGGCCUGAGCUCGGUGGGCAGCGAGAUGCGCGACGUUUCAGGCCACGGAGACGCCAUGGACCUAUCGUAA